GAGAUUUUAGUAUGGAACAAUGGAAGAUGUCACUUCAUGAGUCGAACGUACUAGUGUUAGUACCGUGCUAUUCUAACGUGUUGUUUGUGUGUUGAUACUGCACACUAUUGUAACUACCUAGAUCUCGCCUUGCUUUUCUUCAGAUACCCUGCAGCAUGACUGGAUUCGCCAACGGUAACGGCGCCGAAGCGCCCCUCAAACGCUCGGAAGAGGUCAACGACCUGCUCAACGCCGUACAAGAGCUCAUUAUCCCUUUCAUUGCUGCCGCAGACCACGAUGCAGACACUAAGCACACCGGCCAUGGUCUUGCGAUUAAAGGAGGUGCGCCUCGCACCGCGCUCGUCGAGCACCAUCCACCGAAGAAGCUCGAGUCUCUGUUGCACGAGCAGCUGAAGAUUGGCGAUGAUGUCGAGAAGGGCAAGGACAGGCUCAUCGGUCUGGUUGAUUCCAUCCUGAAGUAUAGUGUCAACACCUGGGACCAGGGAUUUAUGGACAAGCUAUAUGCCAGCACGAACGCUGUAGGAGUUGUUGCUGAACUACUUCUUGCUGUGCUAAACACAAACGUCCACGUCUACCAAGUAUCCCCCGUCCUAACCCUGAUCGAAAAAGCCACCACCAAAUACCUCGCAUCGCUCUUCGGCUACCCCCCUGAGUUCUCUGGCGGCAUCUCGCAACCCGGUGGCAGCGCCUCGAACAGCACCGCCAUCGUCAUCGCGCGCAACACCCUCUACCCCGAGACCAAGACCGCUGGCAAUGGCUCCCACAAGUUCACCCUCUUCACCUCCGCCCACGGCCACUACUCCCUCGAAAAAGCCGCCAACCUCUUCGGCCUCGGCACCCAAAACGUCAUCCCCGUCCCCGUCGACGCCACGGGCCGCAUGCUCCCCUCCGCCCUCGACGACGCCGUCCGCGCCAGCGCCGCCCGCGGCGAAACCCCCUUCUUCGUCAACGCCACCGCCGGUACCACCGUCCACGGCUCCUUCGACCCACUCCCCGCCCUCAGCGCCAUCUGCCGCACGCACAACCUGUGGCUGCACCUCGACGGCUCCUGGGGCGGCAGCGUGAUCUUCAACCCCGCCCUCGCGGCCUCGCGCCUCGAAGCCUCCCACCUCGCCGACAGCAUCGCCGUCAACCCGCACAAGAUGCUCGGCGCGCCCAUCACCACCUCGUUCCUGCUGGGCCGCGACAUGCGCACGUUCCACGCCGCCCUGACGCUGCCCGCAGGCUACCUGUUCCACAACGACGCCGCCGCGAACCCGCACGAUAUCUACGACCUCGCCGAUCUGACGCCCCAGUGCGGCCGCCGCGCCGACAGCCUCAAGUUCUUCCUCGCGCUGCAGUACUACGGGCCCGCGUACUUCUCGGCGCUGGUGGCGCGCGCGUUCGAGAACGCGGAGUACCUGCUUGCUGCGCUCAAGCGGCACGGCGACUUUGCGACGAUUUCGCCAGAGCCGCUGCCGUGUCUGCAGGUGUGUUUCUACUUUGCGCGUGGCGGCGUGGUUGGGAAGGACGCGAAGGCGAAUGGUAAGGUGACGGAGGAGAUUGCGCACAGGCUGAUCCCGAGGGGGUUUAUGGUUGAUUAUGCGCCGGGGGAGAAGGGAAAGUUUUUCAGGGUGGUGGUUAACGGGGGGACGAGGAGGGGGACGCUGGAUGGGCUUGUUAAGGCGCUAGUGGAGACUGCUGGAGAGCUGGGGUAUUAGAUUUGGAUGGUGUGGAAGUCGAGUGUGUG